UGUCAUGUAAAGAGAAUUCAUAGAUGUUUUUGGGAUUUUAGCAUUUUACCCUGAAACAAAAGCACGAACCAGAAAGAGGGAAAAAAAUAAAAGAAGAAGAAGCGGGACCUUAGCCUGGCGAGGAAAAGGAAGUACAAAUAAAAAGCAGGAGAAAGCCACCAAACUCCAUUUGAUCUUUUUGCAAAUGCAGGUUAUUCCCUCCCCACAAUAGCGUUAACAGCAGCAACAAGGUUGCAGAGGUUGGCGCUAUUGGCAAUGGAUGAUGAAGUGGUCCAGCGAGUGUUCCAAGAAGGAGGCCGAGAUUACUUUCAGCAACCUUCCAGUUCUUCGACCUUGUCUUCUUCCAUCCUCCAGUCCCUGCCUCUCCAUGCGUCUUUUGAUCAUGGGUACUAUUUGUUAGUAAAAUCUAUCCAAGAACUUCGAGAGAAAAAGGAAGGUCUUGUGACGGUUGGCAUUGGUGGUCCUAGUGGUUCGGGUAAAACAAGCUUAGCAGAGAAGGUAGCAUCUGUAAUUCCUUGUACGGCCGUGUCAAUGGAAAACUACCGUGAUGGAGUUGAUGAUGGGAAUGAUUUGGAUUCCAUUGAUUUUGAUGCUUUAGUUAAAAAUCUCGAGGAUUUGUCAAAAGGUAAAGAUACUUUGGCCCCAGUAUUUGACUUUCAUGAAAAAAGGCGUGUUGGCUCAAAAGAAAUCAAUAGUGCUUCAUCUGGAGUGGUAAUUGUUGACGGUACCUAUGCUCUUCAUGCAAGAUUGCGCUCUUUGUUAGAUAUUCGAGUUGCAGUGGUUGGUGGUGUUCAUUUUAGCCUUCUUUCCAAAGUUCAAUAUGAUAUUGGAGAUUCUUGUUCAUUGGACUACCUUAUUGACAGCAUUUUCCCAUUGUUUAGAAAGCACAUUGAACCAGACCUUCAUCAUGCACAGAUUAGGAUUAAUAACAGCUUUGUUUCAUCAUUCAGAGAGCCAAUCUACAAGCUGAAAUGCAAAAGUGAGGUAUCAAAUGAGCUGUCUUCUCACCCUCUUCAUGGAAAUGAAGUGCAGGCAGAUAAUUUUAUUGAGAUGUACCUUAGGCCUCCAUCAGCAAGUGAAGAAGCACGGAUAAAUGAUUGGCUUAAGGUGCGGCAAUCAGGGAUCAGAUAUUAUCUCUCACUAGGAGAUCAAAGGAUUGUUGAUAAAAAUUAUAUUAUCAGGCCAAAAGCUGAGUUUGAGGUUGGACGCAUGACUCUUGGAGGGUUGCUGGCUUUGGGGUACACUGUUGUAGUCAGUUAUAAACGUGCAUCUACAUCAGUUAGUAAUGGCAAUCUUUCAGUGUCACUUGAAACUAUUGAUACUCUUGGUGACACAUUCAUGGUGCUGAGAGGCACUAAUAGGAAAGCAGUUGGAGCUGAGGCACUAAGGAUGGGUAUCAAUGGACCAUGGAUCACUAAAUCAUAUCUAGAAAUGAUUCUUGAGAGAAAAGGUGUACCUCGACUUAAUACACCACCGCUUUUGUCUAAUGCAUCUCUUGUUAGUACUCAAGAAAGGUUAAUUGUUGCACCAAGGCCAAUACGUGUUACUCCAAAUCUUGUUACUCGGCUUGAGGAUCUAUCUCAACCAUGGACUCGAUCCCCAACAAAAUCUAAGAUUGAGCCUGUACUAGCAACAUGGCAUUUCAUCUCAUUAGAUCCUCAGCAUAUGAAUAGCCCUGGAACUGAUCCUCCUUCUUUCAGGGAUACCAUGCAGCUUGCUCCAAUGCCUGAUUCAUAUGACUUGGAUAGGGGAUUGCUUCUUUCUGUUCAAGCAAUACAGGCUUUGUUGGAGAAUAAAGGUCUUCCAGUCAUAGUUGGAAUUGGAGGUCCAAGUGGAUCUGGAAAAACUAGCAUGGCUCAUAAAAUGGCAAAUAUUGUUGGUUGUGAAGUAGUUUCCCUUGAAAGUUAUUAUAAAUCUGAGCAAGUAAAGGACUUCAAGUAUGAUGAGUUUGGCUCUCUUGACCACUCUUUGCUUCAAACGAAUAUUAAUGACAUAAGGAACUGUCGAAGAACAAAUGUACCCAUAUUUGACUUGGAGAGUGGUUCGCGUACUGGCUUCAAGGAGCUAGAAGUUUCUGAAGAUUGUGGAGUGGUCAUUUUUGAAGGUGUUUAUGCUUUGCAUCCUGAUAUCCGCAAAUCACUUGAUUUCUCGAUAGCUGUUGUUGGAGGUGUUCAUUCACAUCUCAUUGCUCGCGUUCAAAGGGACAAGAGUAGAGUAGGGUGUUUUAUGUCCCAAAACGAGAUCAUGAUGACAGUAUUUCCAAUGUUCCAGCAGCAUAUUGAACCACAUCUCGUUCAUGCACAACUCAAAAUCCGAAAUGACUUUGAUCCUGUGCUUUCCCCUGAGAGUUCAUUGUUUGUUUUGAAGAGUAACAAGCAAGUUGCUUACCCGGAUAUUUUAAAAAUACUUGACCCUGCAAAGUUCUGCAGCUCUGUUCAGAAUUUCAUUGACAUAUAUUUAAAGCUUCCUGGAACCCCCACUAAUGGUCAGUUGGCAGAGAGUGACUGCAUACGAGUUAGAAUUUGUGAGGGCAGAUUUGCAUUGUUGAUAAGGGAGCCUAUAAGAGAAGGCAACUUCAUCAUUCAACCCAAAGUGGAUUUUGACAUUAGCAUUAGUACAGUUUCUGGCCUUCUUAACCUUGGGUAUCAAGCUGUGGCUUAUAUUGAAGCAUCUGCAUUUAUCUACCAAGAUGGAAAGAUUCUUAUUGAGGUUGAUCAUCUGCUAGAUGUUCCUAGUCCCUAUCUACAGAUCAAAGGGGUUAAUAAGGAAGCAGUGGCAGCUGCUGGUUCAACACUUAAAUUAGAUGGCACCUAUACAACAAAGAGUUAUCUUCAAAUAAUAUUGGAAAGAUUGCCAGUGCUGGAAAGAGGUUCCAAUGGAAUUCACAGUCAACAAGCUGCUAGGCUGCAGGAACUUGUAGAAUUUAUUCAAUCUCAGGGUUGCAGUUCAGCUUCAGAAUCUUCACCCAGUAGGGGAGUAUCUCCACUUGAAGGUGUAAUUGAAGAGAUGCAGUGUAGGAUCAAAAGGCUUGAGCGGUGGCAUACGAUCAACACAGUGUUGUGGACUUUUCUGCUGUCUGCCUUUGUUGGUUAUUCACUCUACCAAAAGAAGCGGCAAUGAUGCAUGUUUUUUUUUCUAUUUCUAAAUAAAUAGAGGUAUCUCUUACAGGAAGAGUUCCUUCAGUCGAUCAAAAAGUUAUUUUUUAUUUUUCCCUCUUUUUGUUUUAGUUUAGUUUUAGUUUUGUUUUGUUUGUUUUUGCUUUUUUUUUUUUCUUUAUAUUUUUGUAUAAGGGGGAGGGGAGGGUUUAAAAAAAUGAUGUGAGUAGUGCUUGACGCCUUACCAGGCUGAUUAUACAACUUUAACGAUCUUCUUCAUACACAUUAUUCAAAAGGCUUUGACA